AUGUACAUCGUAGUCGGUGGAUUGGCCGCGUCAGUCAGCCGCGGCGCGCUACACCCACCAUGGCUUCCAGCGCACAAGAGCUCCAGCGGCAGCCCAGUCAUGGCGCAUCCUGCUGCGAACGAAACAUUACUGCUGACAGCGUACCUUGAGGACCCUGCACAACCACUAUGGAUAAUCAAACGAUCUAAUCUCGGCGGCAGAGGAUUGUUCGCAACACGACCAAUCAAGAAAGGAACCCAGAUCUUCAAGAAUAAACCCCUCGUGGUGGCUCCGCGAGCCGACCGUGCUGGAGACACUUACUGCUGCGUUUGUUACCAAGUAGUUGUUACUUAUUCGGCAUGUGAACGAUGUUCCCAAAUAACUUGUUCCGAAGAAUGCAACACAUCUCUAGAACAUAAAACAGAAUGUGAAUUUAUAAUAAACAAUUGGAAGCCGAAACCAGAUUGUGAUAACUUUAGAAAAGUUCUGGCGCAAAUGCAGAUUUAUUUACGCUUCCUACUCUUGUCUGAAGAACAAAAGUUAAUGUUAUCUCUCUUACAAAAUAGCGACAUCGAUGCAAAAUUUGAAGAACUUGAGGAGUUGUGUGCUAAAUAUGUGAUACCAGAUGAGCAGAUUUCUUUCAUGCAUUUUAUUCACUCGAUAAUUAAGAUAAAUUCCUUCAGGAUUGCUAAUAAUCCUCAAGAGAGAAAAAUUGCUUUACGCGGGUUGUAUCCUUUAUCGGCGUUCUUAAACCACAGUUGUGUGCCAAACACAAGGAAUGUUUUCCACAGUGACUACACAAUGGCUGUAUAUGCUACAAAAGAUAUUGAGGCUGGUGAAGAGAUCCUGACGUGCUACACAGGACUUUUACUUUGUACUCCAGCGAGACGAUGUCAAUUGUAUAAAACAAAACAUUUCUGGUGCAAAUGUAAGAGGUGUAAGGACAAUACAGAGAUGGGCACAAAGCUGUCAGCAUUGAAAUGUUUUAACAAAGAAUGUGUGGGUAUCCUACUUCCGACGUCGCCUUUAGACCCAAGAGCAGAGUGGUGUUGUGAUAAUUGUGCGAACAAAGUUCCGUGUGAUAAAAUAAGUAUGAUACAAGGUAUUCUUGGAAGCUUGGUUGGGUCUCUGGAUCUUGAUGAUCAGUUCCGCCUAGAGGCGGCUAUCCUAGCAAGACUGGCUAAUUUCAUUCCCUACUCCAAUCAUAUUUUCAUUGAUUUACGGCUGAGAUUAGCACUGAAAAUCGGAUUCACUGAAGGACUGAAGCUUAACGAGCUGUCGGAAUCUCGCCUGGCGCUGAAAGAGAGCCUGUGCCGCGGCACGCUGCGCACGGUGGCGGCGCUGGGCGUGGGCGACGCGCACCUACGAGGCCUCCUGCUCUACCACCUGCACGCCGCGCUGGCAGAACGCGCCAGGCGCUCGCCAGACCUGUAUGAGGAAAUCAAAUCUGAAAUUGAGAGCACCAUAGAACAAGCCUACAACAUUCUCCAAGGCGACAUUUCCGCGCCACCAGACUUAGAAUUGAGGCGCCGUUAUCUUGGUCCAGGCUGUGAUAAACCCCAAGAAGAACGAUUCUUCAUCCUCGACGCUUAAGUGCUGUACCUAAAUGUGAUAGACAAGUGUAUAUACCUAGUUACCUACACGUACGAACCUAACUUGUAAACUGAAGUGACCAGGCAUGGAAAGAUUUUGAUAUGAUUUUAUGCAAUGUUACCUAAUUAAAAUAUGAUAAAACCCAUUUCAGAUUUAAUUGAAUCGGUGAAAAAAGUCUUACACAGUUGGUACCUACACAGUGACUUUACAAAGAACAAGCUUGGUGAUACCUACUUUGGAAAU